GUCUUUUUAGCAAGGUGAGGACGGAUCAGCUUCCGCUUAGGCAUACCUAUAUCUGCACAAUGGUUUUCUUUCAGGGGUCAUCUGCGGCAGAGAUUACCGGUACCUUAACUUAACUUAAUCCAUGCGGGGGAGGGGCUGGGUUCACUAGGCCGGGACAGUUCCGGUACGUCAACGAGUGCGUCAAGACGCUGGUGGACUUUUGUUUUCUACCUGAUAGACUGCGUUACUACAGGAACUUUCCAACAGAAAGGUUUCUUCCAAGUGCCCUCUUCGCAUAGUAAGCUUGGGCUCAUACCACUACUACCGUGUACCUCAUGUCGUCUCCACGCGAGGUUAGAAUUGGCUACGUGCCUGAACACUACCUCCUCCCAUUGCAUCUAUGCACGAAGCACGACCUCUUCCCUUCCUCCAUCAAGAUCACUCUCAUCCCAUUUCCUUCCGGUACGGGCCAUAUGAUCACAUCGCUGCGCUCCAACGAGAUCGACCUUGCCAUCGGCCUGACAGAGGGAUGGGUCGCAGGCUUGCUGAAUUCCGACAAUUAUAAAAAGUCUGGGAAGGAGAAGGGCUAUUCAAUAGUUGGAUCGUGGGUGUCUACACCGCUACGCUGGGCUAUCGUCACUGGCCGCAACCGCAGUGACAUCAAUACUGUGAAUGACCUCAGGCAGCAUCGCCGCGUUGCAGUCAGUAGGCUGGGCAGUGGCAGCCAUGUCAUGGCGUUCGUGCUGGCGCAGCAAGAAGGCUGGCUGCAUCAAACAAAGACUUCCACAUUAGAAGGGCUGACGAUAGCACCUCUGGGUCCGUUCAAAGAUUUACGCGACGGUGUGACGAGCUCUACAGCUGAUUAUUUCAUGUGGGAGCAUUUUACAACGAAGCCGUACUUCCACGGUGAAGAUACGCCGCUAAAGAAGAUUGGUGAGAUAUACACACCCUGGCCGAGCUGGCAUAUCGCUGCAUCGCGGUCGACGUUUCCAGAUCCAGAGUCAGACGAGACACUCAAAGAGAUAUUUGAGGCCUUUGACAAAGGAGUGAAGAGCUUCAACGAGGACACUAGUGCAGCGAUAAAGAUGCUGGGCACUGGCGAGGCACAAUGCCACUACUCCGAAGAAGACGGAAGGGAAUGGUUGAAGGAUGUGAAGUUUGUCGAAAGCACGAGAGGAGUGGACUCUGGAGUGAUGAGUGGAGUGGUUGAUGUAUUGAAGGCAGCCAGUGUCAUUGGCACUGAUGCCGUGGUAAGAGAUGGGGAUGGAGUCGUGGGGAUAUCGAGGUGAAAUACACUCGUACUCGUAUAUCAUCCAGUGCAAGCUUGAACAUAGAUGCUUCCUAGUACUUAAAUUCACGUAAGUUUAUGCUCGCACGAGGUUUCGCACGAGCAAUGGUCGUC